GGACGCAAGGCAAAUCGUGGCAUACAGAUACCCAACAGAAUCACUCUGCACGUGGUCGUUGGGGGCUGUCCAAUCUACUACAAAGGAUCAGUGAAACCAUCACACACGCCGGGAAUUUUUCCCCCCGCAGAGAAAUCAAACAAUGUAGCCCACAAGGCAGCAUUCACAGAAUGCCAUCCUCCUGCAUGACGCCACGGCAUGUGAUUGUUGGGAGGAGGCAGUCUCAGGUACCGAGAAACCUAAACGAAAAGGAGGACAGAGGCACAUGCAUGCAGACAUGCGCAUGCACAGAAACACACACACCUUAACGUUAUACACACCUAAACUAGUUUGACGGGCAGGUGUAAAAGCAAACAGUCUUGUGUCAGUCGUUGCCUGGCGUUGGAUGCGAUGCCUUCCAGUAUGAAGAUCCUUCUGGGCUGCGGCCUGAUCACCCUGCUGCUUCCGUCAGUGGUCUGUAUAAGUUGCUUCGUGUGCAGCUCAGCUCGGACCAAUGAGGAAUGCAACCGGACUAACCUGACUUGUCCGGCACUGCAGGACAGCUGUUUGACCAUCGUAGACAUUGCUGGCCCCACCAGGGUCAUCUCCAAAUCGUGUGCCACCCUCACCACCUGCACGGGAACCUUAUCUACCGCGGGGCUGGAGAACGGAAUCGGCAGCGAAGUGAACUGCUGCGACACCAUCGACUUCUGUAACGUGAACGGGGCCGCGGCCACCGCCGUGCACAAGGCCCUGCCGGCGCUGUCCCUACUGGCGCUACUGGGACUGGUGGUGCAGUAGGACUCCCACAGGACAUGUACUGAGGCGACGCAACAGGUCCCCAAUCACAAAGUGUUUUUAUGUGUCACCUCACCGCGUUAAAAUGUAAACUUUAUCGGGGGGCUGCUUUGAAUCAUCAGGAGUAAACUUGUUGACUUACCGGUUUGUUUUAUGUCAACUUUUGAGAAAGCAAAGAGCGAGAAGUGUUGAUGUCUCAAUGUUUUUGAAGCGAGGGCCUCGGUUCUGGUGUGACCGGAGGAAACGUUGGCCUACAGGACAUGGAGCAGAGAGAGGUUCAAUUAAUGACACCAUUAAAUGGAGGUCCCAUUGAUCACUGCCUGCUGUUUCAUCACAGGCCUGAUGAGUUAUUGCAGUACACACAAUGAUAAGCAAAGGUGGUUAAUUAUUUAAAAUAAAUGUUAACCUAUUUACAUUAACUAUACACUAUAUUUUCUUCAUGUGCUUUCAUUGAAAUUGUUUUGUACUUGCACAAAUAAAUGUGUGUUGUGAAAAUAAGCAGUAUUCCCUAAUAUGUUAAUGGGCCCGGUAUAUCCUAAUAUGUUGUACUAAUAAAGAUAACCUACUUUCACAUAA